UGCCGACCAGACUCGGAUGGUACUGAACUUGUGACGGAACCGCUCUGGACCUUUCUUUCUCCUCCCUCCGCCAUGGCAUCGCCUCCUCCUCCUGUCGCGUCUCUGCAGAGCCGCUUUUUUAACGGCUGAGGAGCAGAAGUGAGAAAAAAAAACAAAAAAAAAACGGGGGAGGAGACGCUAUUUGGGGAUAAUAAAACCCAACUUUAAAAAAGUUUUUUUUUCUAUUUAUCUCUUCAAGCAAGUUCAGGUUAAAUCUUCUGUUUGUUUUUUUUCCUCCCUACCUUGGAGGGAGCUUGGUCUUCACGGAGAGCAUGGACGCGCACGUCAAAGAGGGACAGCUCUAUGUGCAGCACCAAAAGUUUGGGAAGAAAUGGAAGAAAAACUGGUUCGUCCUCUACCCUGCCAGCCAAAACGGCAUCGCCCGCCUGGAGUUCUUCGACUCGCCCUCGGGCGGCGGGGGGUCCGGCGGCGCCUCGGGAGGCGGCUCCAACGAGAAGACCAGGAAGCUGGACAAGAAGAUCAUCCGCCUGUCGGAGUGCAUCUCCAUUCUGCCCGCUCUCACCGAGAGCUGCCCCAAAGACAACAUGGCGGCUUUCUGCGUGGAAACGAACGACAAGACGCACAUGUUUGCAGCCGAGAAGUACACGGCCAAGGAGUGGAUGGACACCAUGUGUGACAUUGCAUUUCAGGGGGGAACCGGCAGCACCCUGAAAGACUGCAACGGAGGAGCCCUGGACCUGCAGAUGUCUGAAAACCUCAUCUACUACUCAAGGGAGGAGGUGAAUGAGUUCUGGGUGACCAUUCAACACACCGAUGCAUCUGAACGCUGCGGGCUCACAGGGAGCUACUGGCUGAAAGCCGAAAACGAGGCGCUGAUUUUAAAGGAGCCGAAGACGAAGAGGAAUGUCCUCGUGUGGCCCUACAAGCUGCUGAGAAGAUAUGGCAGGGACCGGGUGAUGUUUUCCUUUGAAGCUGGGCGCCGGUGUGACUCGGGCCCGGGCAACUUCACCUUUGAGACGAAGAAAGGCAACGAGAUCUUCACCCUGGUGGACCUGGCCAUCCAGUCGCAGAAGGCUCUGGUCGAGGAGCGCCACCACAGCUGCCCCCACAACUUUGACUCUGACUGCUCCUUGACGCUCCAGCACACACGGGGUGCCGUUCCCGGCGGCGGCGGCGGCCUGACAACGGGAAGCGGAGACAACAGUAGCUGCAGCAGCCGGGAAGCGGACGGCGAUUCAGGCGGCAGCAAGCCGGGCUCGGCUGACGGAGUGCUUGGGAAGAGGGAGGGAGGAGACGGAGGAACAAGAGCGCAGGGAAGUGGGGGAGGCCACAAGGGGAGGAGUUUACCUGAACCUCCUGCUCCUAGAGUGCCGGCCGGGAAGGUUGUGCCCCAGCUUGACGAACAAGCAAGUCUUUAUUCUGAGCCUGCAGAUUCAGUCCGUUUGCUCGUUCCCAGUUCUGAUGGCCUUUAUUCAGACCCGGUGGACAGCAUCAAGGGUCAGAACCAAACCUCGCCUCCCGUGCCCACUCCACGCCUUCGGCCUGUGGGAGACGACACCUCCGUGGGGGACCAUCACCACACGGCAGGCAACCACAAGAAGGUACCCGACCUGUAUUCGCAUUUGUAUGACCAGAUUGGCAUGGACCUGAGCCAGAAAACAGGCGCGCUGAAUCUGAACGGGUCUGCCGGUGGAGGGAGAGCUGCUGGGAAGGGGGUAAAAAGUAACAAAAGACCCCCAGGAGGGCACGGAGAAGGGGCUUCACCACCUCCCGGGCCUUCUGUAGACCACAUAUACGAUGAACCAGAAGGCCACGCCAAGGGGAGCAGCAGCAUACUCGUCAGCCUGGGGAUGAGCGUUUAUGACGAGGCCCGUUUGGAGCCUCAGCGCCAGAGAAGACAGGAGGAGGUGGGGGCAUCAGGGCAGGAGGCGGCUUACAGCACCGCCUCCCACGGGUUGCCGCCGGAGCAGCAAAAACACUCUCCGAAGCUCCCGGGGCUAAGUCGCGGAACGGCACAGCCGCCGGCACCGAAGUUCCCCAAGCCCGCCACCGCACCCAAGCCCAACAAGAACAUCUUCGCUCGGAAGGAGCCAGUGCCUCUUCCCACGGGGAAAAACGGGGGUUCGGGUAGCAACGUCAACAACAACAACAACAUGUGGAGCCCCGGGGGAGGCGGGAAGGAGGUGUACAGCAAAGUGUCCAAGCAGAAGCCUCCUCCGGGGAUUAUGUGGUGCAAUCGGAACCACCAGGCCCCGCUAAGGGCGCCCGAUAUAAUUUAUGACAAUCUGGGAGACAUUUGACCGCCGGUGUCCGGCGUGGACUGAAAAAACGAACAUUUACUCUCUUGCUCAGAGUAACAGGGAGAGAGACUUCAGGGCAAAUGGUGGGCGCCUCCGUCAGGGCUUUCCUUCGUUUCGCGUCUGUUCCACCCGCGGACUGCAGCAAUCAUCCGAGACGAGUCGGCUGGUUCACAGCGGAUUAGCUCACGACUAUGAGAAAACCACAUUAUGGGCGCAAUUUGAAAUGUGGCGUGCAGUGAUCGCCGGGGCCACCCUGCGUGCGUGUCGUAGCGAGGGAGAGUGUUUGUAUGGGCAAAGCCAUAAUGGGCGUAGCAAGCCACAGUGCGGCCGGAGCCAGCCACUUCUCACACACACACAACACAAAUGGAUUCGCCGUCACUUUAACAAGCUGAGGGAGAGGGGAAAGCGGCUCGGUUCCUCUUUUUUUUUUUUUUUUUUUUCUCUGCAGGCUCCUGCUGUGCUUAUAGGAAAGACUCAAAACAUAUUUAUGCACCGCGUCUUGUCUGUGUAACUAUGUAAUGUGAAGCAGAGAAUGUGAUGGGAAGGAGGAUGUUUGUGAGCAGGACUUCUUCUGGACUCCUCCAAUGAAACGGGGGACUUUUCUUUAGGACUACUUCAACUUAUGGAAACACAAAACGGGUCAGAGCCUUUUUGUCGAUCCGUUUUCCACCAGAAACCAUUAAUGAAAAACGACAAAAAAAAACAAAAAAAAAAAAAGUGGUUCCUUGAUUCUUGGUUUAUAACGCAAAAGGUUACGUUGAAUUACAAGCCGUUUUUCUUUGUCCAAAGGUUCUUUUCAUAUUCAAAAUCAUAAAAAAAAAAACAUAAAAUCACAGGGAAAAGUCAGUUUUCUCAUAUAUUCAAAUCCCUCCAUGACUCGUGACAUCACUGGCCAUAUAUGGUAUUUGUGAAUUCUUCAACAUCCAGCACGCACACAAAAAAGUGUUGUUGUUGUUUUUUUAAACUAAUGCCAGCCAAAGGUAUCAAUUUUAAGAAGUUUUAAGAAAUAUAUAAAUUUUUACUUUGUAGUUCAUCUGUAUUUGUUUUGUGGUGUAAAAUGUCGGCAGGAAAACAUUUGUCUCCUACGCCUGUGUGGUAAAACAUGUAAUUACAGAAGUUAGAUUAUUUAUUUUUCUCUAUCAAGAGUAAUAAUAAUUAAAAAACAUUGCUGGUUGUUUAAAAUUUUAAAGUUUCAACCCCCUACACACCUUGUGUGCACAAACUGUAGGAUUGACCACAUAUCAACAUGAUAUGUGGCUAACAUGACAUUUAAAAAAAUGUCAACAUACAUAUCCUUGUCCAAAACCCAUGAAAAGAUCACACGAGAGUUGAAUUUGCGGAGAUUAUGCUUGGUGUUUUUGACUAUUUUCACAAUGCAAUAAAUAGAAAGGCUGCAAAUUUUUACCUUUUCCUCAUCCAAGCUCAUAGAAAAUCUUAGAUAUGUGUUUAUUUUAUCUGUUCUUGUCUGUCGGUAUUUUAUUUUUGGUGAUCAAAUGUGCAGGGCGACACUUUACGGAAGAAGACACACCCUACAGUCACAGUACACCACUGACUUUGGAAUAUGACCCAUGAAAAUAAUAUUAUAUGUAUAGAUAAUGUAAAAUUAAGUAAAUAUUUCUGCUUAUUUUUGGACCACAAAGAAAAAUGGCUUGUAUUUUAAUCUAAUAUUUUGUAUUUAAAGUGUCAAUGACCAAAAUAUGUUUGAAUAACUUUCUACACAAGACUCCUGAAUGUGUCUGUCGGUAGAUUAACAAACUAUGAAAGUAAUCAAUCUCCAAUAUUGUGUCAGUAUGCGUGUUUGUGUGUCAGGAACAGCUGUGCUGUCUGUAAAUGUAUCUGAUAAUAAAAGUGGCUCUGAAAGCUGAA